AUACAAUCGACCUAUUGGUUGGAGCCUACUAAUUCGCACGGCGUUUGCGGUCUGGACGACUCUGGUUUGCAGGAUUUUUGGGUCGCUCUUUCAUCGGGCAUCACAGGACACAAGUACAUCAAGCUCAAGGCUAUUCAUGAUAGCGAAAUCGUGGACGAGCAUGCGAAGCACUGCAUGUACUUUGCAUGCAUCAAAUUCGUUAACUCGGUAGGUCGCACGACCACAGCCUCGCUAUGGUUGCAUUCGCCCAUGCUUGAUGACAUUUCU